UAUUAAUUAUAUAUUACGGAUUUAUGGAAACGUUCUCAAAGUAAAUUGGUGUUGUGAGUAUUGAGACAAAUACUGGACACUCAACUGUUAUUGGUAUAAAGUUUAAAACUAAACCACUAGCAAAUUGGUGAUAUGAUCCUAUCACAGCGUAUUAUAAACACUGUUUCACAUUAAAUUCAUGACAAGUAUUUCUAUUGUUAACCACUCAAAUAUAAUGUACUCCUGUGUGUUUGAUAGAAAUUAUACUGGUUUUCAAAGAUGAUAGGACGUCAGUUUUGCUAUUCGUUCAUAAGUUAAAUAUGAAGCUUGCAACCUUGAUUGGCCGUCGGAACAUAUUUUAAGGACAGUGAAUCUAAGAAUCCAUUGGCCUAAAAAUUAGUGGCAACCUCAAUGUCUAUUUGCUGUUUUGUACGCAAUAAAAACUAUCCAAUUCCUUACUUUGCCAUUCUUGAUUGCUGAAUAAUUUAAGCCACUGAAAAUCCCAGCAAGUGAUUAUCACCUUAAUCUCGACCUAUCACUGAUACGUGCAUGUGAGUAUGACCCAAUAAGCGAGAAUCAAGUAGAAGUAGAUGCACCAAUGCGCUUCCAGCAAUUUUUGUGUUGACGAUUGUUAGAAUGAGGUGGAAUUCAUUUUUCGCAACCCGCCCAAAAGAGUUGGUUCCGGAGUUUACGUACUUGGGGUAUAUCGUAAAAUUAAACGUCUUCUGUAAUAAUGUGAGUUAAACAUUGUUUGUAGACAACUUCUACUUGGUUUGUGCGUAUUUUUUAAUUAAGUUUAGCAUUGUUAUGUGUUUAUGACAAGCUCUCGGGUAUAGUUCACUUAAACUAGUUAAUAGGGUCGUUAUUUUGUGAAAUGACUUCUGCUAUAAUUCGUCCAAGGGAUUAGAUUAUUUUCUUGGGUUUCAGCAGCUGGUUGUGUUUCAUGAUUCGUGGCCCUACAUAAUAUACCCCAAUUUUGGUUUCUUUAUUCCAAAUUCACUUACACGUUUUUAUUGCUAAAAAAUAAAUAAGUUCCUGUCCUAUCAUUUCACCUUUUACCGCCUGGUUUCUCUUGGUUUUACGCUGAUUUAUGCUGGUAGCCUAGUCACAUCGGUUUUCAUGUUUACUGAAUUCAAUUUCGAGACUAGUUCUAAGGGUGCUACUAGUCUUAACUUUCAUAUACCGACCCAAUGUUUUUGGGUCUCAUAUUGACGUAUGGAUAGUUCAGUUUCACAGUAUUUUUAAUGUCAGUUUUCGUCGUAUUUGUUAGUGGUCAUAAAAUUCUGUAGUCCCAACGAAGAUUUUUUGUGGAUAAUGAUAUGAGCUAUUUAUUGUUGUCCCGAAAUCCACUGCCUUAUUUUCACGUCAAUAGACAAACAUAAGCAUAAUAAGUAUACGUAUGUAACAAUCUCGUAGUAGUACGUACAUUUAUUUAUACGUCGAAUAUAUAUCGCACCGCUAUAUGCUCCGUAAUGCUUUGGAAAUAUGAAGAUUUGAAUAAAGGUAAUAAGCACAUAUCCUGUCACAUCUGCAGAACAGUGCUUACAUACUACAAAACCAUCCAAUAAGCACUAAAAUUGGGCGUGUAGUAGUUAUUAGGUCGGGCUGUUUGUUGAUCUUUUCAGUGCAAUAACAAGUGCACGCAUUACAUCUGUGCAACCAAUGAUCAUUGUUGUGAGCUAUGCUGGUCAGCGUACGAACCCGGCUAAAGAUAAAAGCUCCACAACCAAACCAUCUAGCUCAGAGAACAAAACUCCACCAAAAUCAUCCACCUGAGCUACAAAUCUCCAUAGUGUGACUAAGACAAUUGUUUUAUGAUUUAGGCUUCAUCGUUAUGCUUCGUUAGCGGUCAAUAACUUGGCAAAUAUGCAUCAGUCCAAGUUGCCACACACCAACACAGCAAGAUGAAAUAUGAAGUUAUGUUUGAAUUAUUUCUUGUAAAGAGGAGCACUGACUAGUUUUGUAGCUCAGUAUCCAAGGAAAGAAAAUAAAUCCAUCUGCCCUGGUGUGACUAUUUUUAAGGCUACCCACCAGCUCCAACAACUGAUCACAAUUAUCGCACACACCCUAGCUAAAUUGUCUGUACUUAACAUAACUCAGUUCACUAGUCGAUGACUACGUGGGCUGGCGUUACUUUUCCAUUUUGUCAUCCCUAACUUUCACCCUACUCAUACACCGAUCAAUAUAGUAGUGGUUGGACGCUUAUUAAUUUAUUUAAACACGUAAGCAUUGGUACAAGAAGGCACCAGUUGGAUAUGCGCCACACAAGUCACUUGGUUUGUGUGGGCUGUGAUACUGCCCGGGUGCCCAGACCAAAGCAGUUGAUUUUCUUAAGUGGACCACACCCAGAGCCUUUGACCCAAAGAUCUAAUCCACAAAGCCAUGGAGCAACGUGGGGAGGUGCAGUCCCAUGGUAGCCGGUGACCAAUAAUUGGUUCAUACGCCAUUUGUUCCUUCAGAAUACUGGAGCCCAUGUGCACCAAUGGUUUAGAAUCAGGGUUUUCCAACUUCCCUAGGUCCAACCUCUAUACCCACCAGCCCGAUUCAAACGCUGGACAUUCGCUUUCAUACUUUCAUUUUCGUAAACAACAGAGCCACCACGAGAAGGUAGUAAGAUUUUGUGGUCGGUGGCUCUAUACGCGUGGCCAUAUGAGAGCAUUUCGAGUGGGAGAGCGGACUCUCCCCACCCUCGGCCGUAUCAGGGCAUUUGGGGGCCAAGAAAAGAAUCAUUCCUAAUUGCUGCUUUCUAGGUAACAAUUGUCAUUCCAAAGCGUCGUAGUUAUGAUACGUUUUAGGCGUAUAUCUAUAGUUUGGACGUGAUUGGUAAGUGUGGACUACCUGGUCGGGAUCUGCGAGAUGAUAGCAACCGAUGGUUAGAGACCUUGAAUGACAUGGCUCAAAUUCGUUUGGAAUGGCGCCGGUACAUCAACUCUUUGUGUUCUCCUAGAUCCUAAUCUUCUGAAUUCUUUGUGUCCCCUUUUUCCUCUUUCCAAAUUUAUUUCACUGGAUUAUACUCCUUGAAUAACAUCUUCAUACCCUAAUGUUUCCGAUUACUGUUUAUACCCUUACUACGUCUACCACUAUGGGAUUUUAAUCGACAACUGCAUCUCUGUGCUAAUGUGGUAUGGCAACUCGAACUGAGGUACGUUCUUACGAAGUUCUACGUUGUUACUGACUGAUCCACCGACCCGGUUAAAGCUUGACAUGUAUCAUUCUUGUUACAGCUAGAUUUUCCAUAAUCGCGAAUCAAUACCGGUAAAUACGCAGCCCAACCCAGCGACAUCAGUCAGCAGGUUCAUAAAAUCACUAAGCAAGAACCGGGAAUGUAAGUGGCAAUGUUACUGCUUAUUCUAUGAAAUUGAGUAAUUUCUGGUAGGUCCGUUACCAUGUUCUGUAAUAAUACGGAUAUUAUUCCUGACUGUCUACUUGGGUUCAGUGAGAAUUAUAUGACUGCCUUACAUCAAGUUAUUGGAAUUGUAAAGCAUAGCCACUAAUAUCGUUUUAAACAUACCCUUCCCUAUGGACUAUUAUAAAAAGAUAUUCUCAGGAAGGUAUAUAAAUAAUUCAUGAUCACUCUAGCAAAUUCGUAACGUAUACUUUCUUGCAUGGGUGAUGUAUUGACUUUUUAUUAUAAUCAUAUUCAUACUAGACAAGUUCGUCUUUGUUAUUUAUGCCGUUUGCCUCCAAGUUUACGUAUCUUUAAUUUUCGCAUUUGUGUUACUUCAGGGACGGUUAUAUACACGCUGGUCAAGUCCUUCCAGCCCAAACUAUUCUACAGCCGUUGCAACAGCCUUUGAUAAUGGAUGCAAACGGUGCUGCUCAACCAACUACAUUCGCCGUCCAGGCCAGUGAUGGUAGCCUAAUCCCAGUUCAACUAGCUACGUCUGCUGGUGGGGGUCAGGUUAUCAUGUUCCUUCCAAGUGCAGCUCAGCAAACAAUUUACACAACUCAGCCUAUAGUGUCUGCUGCAACCACUUCUUUGGACGCUAAUCUUACUUCGGCUCAAGGGCAGAUUAUAGGGACAACAGUUGAAGACGAAACUCACAUACUUCAACAAUUACAGCAGUCUUCGCAAGUCCAGGUUAUUCAUCAGACCCAGUCUGGAUUAUCUCAAGCCGUUUCAAACACUCAAGUUGUCCAGGUUUCUAGUCCGCAACCUGAAACUGCUAUCGGUCAGCAGGGAAUGUCCACACAAGCAUCCUCAACAAUAUCACCUGGUCUUACUCCUGGUGGUGAAGAACCUCUUUACGUUAAUGCUAAACAGUACCACAGGAUUCUAAAGCGUCGCCAAGCACGAGCGAAAUUAGAGGCACAAGGCCGCAUUCCGAAGGAAAGGCGGAAGUAUCUUCAUGAGUCCAGACAUAAGCAUGCUAUGAACCGCAUACGAAGCUCUGGUGGUCGGUUCUUUUCUGUACCGUCUUAUUCUGAUGCAAAUAACAGUACUGCCUCGACCUCUUCCAGCAAUUCAUCAGCGAUAACUUCCUUCCAAACAAAUGAGGAUUGUAAAACUAAGAUUUUGUCUAAUUGACGUGAGUUGAUUCUCCUUUAUAUACUUCCUACGUUAUUAUUCGCAUUUCAUAGAUUAUGUGUAUGAGACUCCCAUUUGUGCAAAAUAUCUGUCUACGGGUCUUUUCGUACAACUGUUGCUAAGUUGUAAUUUCAGAUGUAUUCCAAUCUUGAAUUUAGAAAUGGUCACAGGUCUUGUCAGUUUGAGGUACUUGCAAUAUGUUAACUAAUGGAUAUGGGUCUAAUAAGCGUCUUUUCUAUCUUCAACCAUUCGUUCAUUAAUUUGAAAACAGAAGCUAAAUCUCUGAAUAGUCUUUACAUCAGUUUCAACCCUAAACAUUUUUUAAAGGAAGAUGUUCCGUGAUUUCACGGUACUAUUUUCCCAUUUUCAUGUAUUUAACCGCUAUACAAGUAAAUUGCAGUUUUUUCGCAAGAUAUUAAUCGUCUUUGUGUUAUUACAUUCCCAGAUCCUGAUUAUACGCUGCUAAUUACCCCUUGGAUUCAACUUUUCGACAAUCUGGAAAAUGAUCCACCCCCCUUAGAGAUUAAAAUAUGUUAAAUUAUUACUUGUAUACAAGCUGGAGUACUGAGUAUAUUCAUAUUAUUGCCUGGAUAAACGUUGGUAAUGAUUAUACAACUUUUGGAAGUGCCCAUAUUGAUUAUCUUGUCAUUGUUAUCAUAACCUCAGUUUUGUACACAUCUAUUUUCUAUAUGGUAUUUCCUAUAUUCUCCGCAUGCUUGUCUGUAAAUAUUUAUUAAGACUUGAAACUUUUUCCUAUAAAGUUGAAUCUUUUGUUUUAACUUUACUGUCUUUAUAUUUACGAUACUAAUGAUCUUAUUUACACAAAGAUAAAUACACUCGUUUUUUUCUUUUCUAUUAAAAAAUAUUUUUCCAAAUAGUUUUGUUUUUUAUACAUUCUGCUAACAUUUAAAUCGACGUGUUUUGUAUCCCAAAUCCUGGCUAGUGAUAUCGGUCGACAUGGUCCGUUAGCUUUGAUAACGUCAAUUUACGUACUAUGGGCUUUAGUGGCUUUACAAAAAUGUAAUAAUGGAGUUGCACUUUAUCGAUGUCACUAUUUCGCCAGCACAGUUAAUGAUGAAUUUUUGAGAGAUGAAACCUUUGGAUGUAAAUAGCAUAAGUGGGCUUAUUAUCCAUAUAAUUGAGUCGAUCUAACAAGAUGAGUGUAAGUUUUUGGAUAACACAGUAACACUGGAUCCCAUUAGGCUAAGUAAUGAGUUACUAGGUUACAUCUCUUUUUGUGUAAACAUCAUUAAGGGCCCUAAAACUGCAUUAAUUGUUAAAACCUAUAAUAUUUCAAACCUGC